UCCCAGACCAGGGCUCGAACCCGUGUCCCCUGCAUUUGCAGGCAGACUCUCAACCACUGCGCCACCAGGGAAGCCCUCUGGACACUUCUUUACAGUCGUAAAUUGGCAGGUGAAAUGUCAAAGCUGGUUCUCUAACACCCAGCCACCAAACAAACUCCCCUGCUCCUAACACUUCCCUCCUACCAAAACUCUCCAUGCUCAGUGAGCUGGGGCGGUAGUGCAGGCAAAGUUCCCAGUCCUGGAGUUUACAUUCCCAGAUGGUCGACUCCCUGUAGCCUCUCCUAAUGGGACAAGGAAAGUGGAGCCUUUUGGAAAAUGUGGACCUCAGAGCCCUGCCUUGGUACUGAUGAUUCAGAACAUUCCUGUUCUAAAACAGGUGGGCUGGAAGGAAAACUCCUGAUUGACCUCAGCUCUGGGCCCACCAUCUACCAGCUCCUCUCUGCCUGUGAGUCUUUCAAAGAGAUCAUUGCUAUCAACUACUCAGACAAAAACUGCCAGGAGCUGGAGAAGCGGCUGAAGAAGGUGCCAGGGGCGUUUGACUGGUCUCGGUGGUGAAAUAUGUGUGUGAGCUUGAGGGGAACAGGUAAGGGGGUUAUUGUUUAUUUUUGAGUCUCCAUGAUACCAGGAGCUUCACUUAGCUCCCGAAUCAAGAAUUUUCCAUGGGGCUCAUGUAGAAAUGACAAGGCAGAUGGAGACAAAGAAGGAAGGAAGUCAGUGGGGCCCCAACAAGAAAGGAGGAAGAGUGAGAUAUGAAUCCUAUAAAGACCAAAAAAGGGAACAGAAAAAGCUGGCUAGAGACAAACCUGGAGCUGGAAGAAACAUCACCAAGGUCCACAUGGAAUGCCAAGGUCUGAGCCCAAGCAAAUGGAGAACCCGCUGGGCUGCCUCCAUUCUGAUUGGCUGGUGCCCCUGUUGUUCCAGUUACAAGCUCCAGGGGGCUCUAAACUUGUGGAAUCUUUUCAUGGAUCCCAGGAGAUAGGGGUUAGAAUUAAGACAAUCUUGCACUGCAAGUGGAACAAAAUUUACUUACCUUGUGUAUUUUCAUUCAAUUUCAGGGCAUCAGGAAGGUCCACCAUAGCCCUUCCACUCCCCAAAUAUCACCCUCCCUAGUUAGGUAAGAUAGUUGAGGUUGUACGUUAGAUUCUUAUUCCUUUUGCUUAAGACUAUAGCACUUUUUUUUUUUUUUGCUUUUUUAAAAUUGAGGUAUAGUUAAUUUACAAUGUUGUGUUAGUUUCAAGUGUAGAGCAAAGUGACUCAGUUAUACAUAUAUAUAUUCUCUUUCAGAUCUUUUCCAUUAUAGGUUAUUACAAGAUAUUGAGUAUAGUUCCCUGUGCUAAAAGUAGGUCCUUGUUGUAGGUCCUAUUUUAUAUAUAGUAGUGUGUAUAUGUUAAGACUAUGACUUUUUAAAAAAUACAGAGCAGGAAAGAGUAAGCCUUUAAGUACUAGUCCUUAUUCAUACAAUAAUACGAAUGCAGCCCGCAUCCUGAGAACAGGUAUAGGUAAGAAGGAAAUGUAUGAGGUGACGAGGAGGUUAAGUGCAGUGGCCAGGGGACAAAGGGAGGGAAAGGUAAUGGAGAGACUGGGGGCCCCAACAAAGCGCCUGAAGCUCACUUUGUAGUUUUGCUCAGCUGAUUCCAGGCAGACUUUCCGUUUCUGGAGGCACUUGUCUGGGUCGUGUUAAACACAGACUAGCAGAAAGAGAAUGGGCUAACUGCCAGGGGUGCAUUGCCGACAGAGGGCCUGCAGGUAGACAGGGCGCUGAUCUCAGGGUCAGCAGGUCCUGGCCUUGACUUUGUCCACAGCUGGUUCAGGACCAGGUCUCUCUCUGGGACUCAGUUUCUUCAUCUGUAAAACCGGCAACCUGCUGUUCUGGGAGCCUGUGCGCCAAGCAGAGAAUGGCUGGGAGUGAUGUGCGUGGUCUACGUGAUGAGUAUGACCCAGCUGGUCCCUCUUUCCUUUUCCCUCCACUCCAGAGACAGGGGGGCCGAGAAGGAGGAGCGCUUAAGGAGAGCCAUCCGCCAGGUACUCAAGUGUGACAUCCUGAAAGAAUGGCCCCUGGAACCUGAGGUCCUGCCCCGGCCCAGGGGCCAUCUGGUGCUGAGUGGGGACUUUGAGGCCACCUUCUUCAUGGUGGGGGUCAAGAGGUUCUCCGCACUGUCCCUGGACGAGAAAUUCCUGCUGGAGGCCCUGCAGGAGACCGGCUUCAUCACUGAGAAGCUGGAGGAGUUUCCGCAGGCCACUGAGACCCGCUUGGAUAACUGCUCUGAUUACACAAGGUUCUUCUUCCUGGUGGCCCGGAGAAGGGACUGAGGCAGCGACUUGGAGGAAUGGGCAGCAAGCAGGGCAGAGCUCCAUCUAUCACUCUGCCACCUCAUUCGCGUUCCUCUUCAUUUAGUCAGCUUUACUUAGAACCCUUACCAGCAAAUGAUUGCCAGGUAAAUAAGGAUGCUUAUUUCAAACAGAGAGGUUUAUAAUAUGCUUCACUAAUGGCCCAGGGUUGGGAAAAAGAAUUGGACCAGAGAAAUAAAGCUGUGCCUCCUUUGUGUUAAGGGCUUUCCAGGGUUGCGUGGAAUGAAGGGGAAGAGUCCCUUCCCGCUCCCCUAUUUUAGGCAAUUCAGACGACACAACUUCAGAGCUCACUCCCCACCUCCAUCCUCAUCCCUGCUAAUACUGCAUCCCGACCCCAUGAAAUGGAAAGCACACGCAUGGAUUUUGACACUUGGCUCUCUGGCUUGCUUGCUCUUGUGACUUUAGGUGGGCACCUGGUAUCUCAGAGCCUCAGUUUUCCUAUCUCUGAAAUGGAAAUCAUCACACCCUUCCCCAGGGUUAUUGUGACACCCCAAAGAUAUAACAUGAAUACACUUGGUAAAUAACCACGUGAGCAACAUUGUGUGUUUUUUAAGUUUGGCUGACCUUAUAGAUGCAUAUCAUAAGCAGUUCUAAAAAGAGCAAGAGAAGUUGUUUUCCUUCUUUGUCCAGUGAAACCCACCUAACCCAGUUGGGGGCAGGGAUGGGACACUUGGAAAAGACUUUUUGAAAGAAGUAGCAAGCAAAUCAGUGAGAUCUAAAGGGUGACCAAGAGUAAGCCAGGUGAAGGAAUCGGGGGUGGAGGGCAGGAACUUCUAGUACAGGUACUGAGAUCCAGAGGGGAGAUAACAUACCGUGUUUGGUGAACUUCAAGAAAAACUAAAGACAUUUGGGUACCAAGAUUGUGGCCCUAUCCCUCUAGGGCACUGCUAAUACAUCAGGCACCUGACAUGGUAGAACAGGCCAGCGUUUCAAGGGGGCAGAGGAGUGUCAAAUCAGCGACCGUGGGUGGCGUUGGAGGUGGGCACGCAAGCAAUUUAGUCAUUCAACAAAUAUUUGUUGAAUGCCUGCGUCAAGCUGGACACUGUGAGGAGUGUCAGAACCUUUGCCCAGGGUUGGUCUUCACACUAAACAUGAUUGCAACAUCUAAGCCCUUGAGCACAUUCUACACCAUGUGUGUAUCUGGGUAUAUUCUUG